AUGAGCCACCUCUUCAGUCCCCCGCUGGCCGCUCUUGCUGCCUCGCCGUUGCUGUACGUGUACAGCCCCGAGAGGCCCGGGCUGCCCCUGGCCUUCACCCCUGCCGCUGCGCUGGCCGGCCCUGGCCGCGCCGAGCCCCCGCAGAAGCCGCCCUACAGCUACAUUGCUCUCAUCGCCAUGGCGAUCCAGGACGCGCCCGAGCAGAGGGUCACACUGAAUGGCAUCUACCAGUUCAUCAUGGACCGUUUCCCCUUCUACCACGACAACCGCCAGGGUUGGCAGAACAGCAUCCGCCACAACCUGUCGCUCAACGAGUGCUUUGUGAAGGUGCCGCGUGAGAAGGGGCGGCCCGGCAAGGGUAGCUACUGGACACUGGACCCUCGCUGUCUGGACAUGUUCGAGAACGGCAACUACCGGCGCAGGAAAAGGAAGCCCAAACCCGCCGCGGGUUCCCCAGAGGCCAAGCGCACCCGGGCGGAGCAGCAGGAGCCCGAAGUGGGCUGCAAUUCAGGGUGUCCGGGCCUGGUUACUGCACGCCCUCCGCGCGCACCGGAUCGUGCUCAGUCCCCGACGGGAGGCACCGCGCGGCCCGCGCUCCUUCCCUGGUCCCGCCCCGAGCCCUGGGACCCCGACGCGGAUCGCACAGCCCAGGGGGCGGGGGCAGUGGCGGGUGGCCAGCGUGAGCGCACUGUGCACCGCCCGGGAUCCCCUUUGCGCCCCGCUCCCAGCGGCUCCCCCAAAGGUUCCAAGUCUAAGAGCUUCAGCAUCGACAGCAUCUUGGCCGGGAGGCCAAAGCCGGCCUCAGGGGCAGAGGCCUCGGGGGUCCCAAAGUCGGUGCCGGGCUUGCUGGGCGCCUCGCUGCUGGCCUCCUCCUCCAGCCUACCACCUCCCUUCAACGCUUCGCUGGUGUUCGACCCGCACGUUCAGGGCGGCUUUUCCCAGCUGGGAAUCCCCUUCCUUUCCUAUUUCCCUCUGCAGGUCCCCGAGGCCGCCGUGCUUCGCUUCCAAUAA